UGGAAGAUCAUGUUUCUGGAGCUGGGAUCAUGUGCCCCCUGGGCUACUUUCCAUGUGGCAAUAUCACAAAGUGCUUGCCCCAACAACUUCACUGUAAUGGUGAGGAUGACUGCGGGAAUCGAGCCGAUGAAGAAAACUGUGAGGACUACAAUGGAUGGUCUCUACAAUUUGAUAAACAUUAUACAAAGGACAAAUACUAUCAAAUGAAAUCUCUGUAUGCAUCUCAGACAAAGACACCCGAGUGCUUGGCUGGUGCUGUGCCAGCAGAGUGUACAUGCCAAAGGCUGGAGAUCUUCUGUGAUGCUGCCAAGUUGCGUGCUGUCCCAUCAGUCUCUUCAAACAUAACCAUAAUGUCUCUUCAGAGGAAUCUGCUAAGGAAACUUUCUGCUGACACUUUCAAGAAAUACCAAGACCUUAAAUAUCUGUAUCUUCAAAAUAAUAGAAUCAGAGCUGUAUCUGAACGUGCUUUUAAAGGUUUAUUCAACUUGACAAAAUUAUACUUGAGUAACAACAAAAUAUCUAUUUUGAAGCCUGGUGUCUUUGCAGAUCUCCACAGACUUGAAUGGCUGAUAAUUGAAAAUAAUAGGAUAAAUCGGAUCUCUCCAUUAACAUUUUAUGGACUCAAAUCACUUAUUCUCCUAGAGAUGAUGAAUAAUUCUGUUGCUCAUUUGCCUGAUAAACCUCUGUGCCGAUAUAUGCCAAGGCUAAACUGGCUAGACCUUGAAGGCAACCAUAUCCAUCAUGUAAGAAAUGUCACUUUCAUCUCCUGCAACACUCUAACUGUACUGGUGCUGAGAGAAAAUAAAAUCAGCUCUUUAAGUGAAAACAGCUUUUCUUUUCUCCAGAUGUUGGAUGAAUUAGAUUUGGCUAGCAACAAGAUUGAAUCACUUCCUCCAUAUAUAUUUAAGGAUCUAAAGGAGCUUUCACAACUGAACCUUUCUUACAACCCCAUCAAGAAAAUACAAAUAGACCAGUUUGAUUUUCUAAUUAAACUCAAAUCCCUUGGCUUGGAAGGCAUUGAAAUUGCAAACAUCCAGAGAAGAAUGUUCAGACCCCUGAGAAACCUUUCCCACAUAUAUUUUAAGAAAUUCCAGUACUGUGGAUAUGCCCCUCAUGUGCGCAGCUGUAAGCCCAAUACUGAUGGGAUUUCAUCCCUUGAGAAUCUUUUAGCCAGCAUCAUACAGAGAGUGUUUGUUUGGGUUGUGUCUGCUAUCACCUGCUUUGGAAAUAUUUUCGUUAUCUGCAUGAGGCCUUAUAUCAGAUCGGAGAAUAAACUCCAUGCCAUCUCAAUAAUGUCUCUCUGCUGUGCUGACUGUCUGAUGGGGAUAUAUUUAUUUGUGAUUGGAGCAUUUGAUCUUAAAUAUCGUGGAGAAUACAACAAGCAUGCUCAGUUGUGGAUGGACAGUAUUCAUUGCCAAUUGCUUGGAUCGCUGGCUAUUCUGUCUACAGAGGUGUCAGUCUUACUAUUGACUUACCUGACUUUGGAAAAAUGCAUCUGCAUAGUUUAUCCCUUUAGGUGUUUGAAGCCCAGAAAAUGCAGGACAAUUUCCAUUUUGAUUCUUAUCUGGAUAAUUGGGUUUGCUGUUGCUUUUAUCCCACUAAGCAAUAAGAAAUUUUUCAGGAACUACUACGGCACCAAUGGUGUCUGUUUUCCUCUUCACUCAGAACAAGCAGAAAGUGCAGGAAGUCAGAUUUAUUCUGUUGUCAUUUUCUUAGGUGUAAACUUGGCAGCUUUCAUCAUCAUUGUGUUUUCCUACGGGACUAUGUUCUACAGUGUUCACCAAACAGCUAUUACAGCUACUGAAAUUAAGAAUCAUGUUAAAAAAGAGAUGAUCCUUGCUAAACGCUUUUUCUUCAUUGUAUUUACUGAUGCACUAUGUUGGAUACCCAUUUUUGUUUUGAAACUUCUUUCUUUACUUCGGGUAGAAAUACCAGGUACCAUAACUUCUUGGGUGGUAAUUUUUAUACUGCCAAUAAAUAGUGCUUUGAACCCUCUUCUCUACACUUUGACUACACGACCUUUCAAAGAAAUGAUUCAUCAGGUUUGGUAUAAUUACAGGCAACGAAGAUCUAAAAAAGGUAAAAGCGGUCAGAAAACAUAUGGUCCAUCAUUCAUUUGGGUAGAAAUGUGGCCAAUGCAUGAAAUGACUCCAAAGGUAAUGAAGCCCAUGCUUUGUACAGACUCAUCUGAUGCUUCAGUGACCUCGCAGUCAACAAGAAUAAAUUAAUACAUGUUAAAUACAUUUUGAAUUUUCACGGUGACAUCUGCACUGUUAGCUUCACAUCUGUGGGCUUACAGCUUUACAGCAAAGAGGAAAAGGGAGGGAGGUAUGGCACCUGGGCCCAUGUGAACUAACACAGGGAGAAGAAGCAAUGUAUCUACAGGUAGAACUAAUACAACAAUAAUUUCACCAUCUCACAAUGGUACCUGAUACUUUGACAACUCAUCUUAGACCAGAAGGAGAAGUCACAUUGUUUUUUUUCAUCUCAGAAGCCAGGAGCAUGGAAAAAAAAAAACAAACCUGAAUUGUCAUUUAAAACAUCUCACCCUGAAAGCAGAAUGUUUCAAAAUUCUCUAUCUUUAGGGAGGAAAAAAAUAUUAUUUUCAUUAAACUUUUUAUUUAAAUUCCCCAUUUCAAUAGCUAAUUUUUUAAAGAGUUAUUUGAUUUCCUCAUUAAAAUUUUUUUCUCUCCACAGAGUUUCUGACUAGGUCUAUUCAAGCUAUUAGGGAGCAACAGCCCUAUGAAAAACAUGUACAUUUAACAACUAGACCAGUUUAUCUGUCAAAGAAAAUAAAUUUAAUCCUUUUAAAAAUUUACAAACUUUUAACAAUUUAUCAACCAUUUCACUUAUGUAAAAACAGUCCUGAAAUUGUAAUGAGCAUUCUAAUUUAGGCAGAACCAGAACUGUGGGAAGGAAAAAUAAAACAGAUUUUCUCAACUGAGUGUCCCCCAGAGGUAGCUGCUGGAAGUUUCCCCCCUUCAGGAGAGGAUCCUUCCCUGAAAGACUGGACUUGAUUAUCCCAGCAUCUCAAUGCUGCUCUCUUCCUCACUGGUUCUUCAUGGGCUACUAUAAAUAGCCUCCCACAGCUUGCAGACCUCAACAAAUUUCAGUCUUAAGAUGUCUAUCUCAGUGCAUGGAAUAAUGGGAGAUGGCCAUUUAGAAGACUAUCAGUCUUAAUUUCAGUCUUAAUUUCAGUCUCAUUUCAGUCACCUUGUGCAUUUGACAUGAUGCAUUACGGUUAAAAUGAUUCAAGGACCAGAGCUACUCAGCACUUCUUGGAGCAUUAUUCUACUUCCCAGUGUCACAAGGGUGAAAAAAAGUUAUCCCACCUGAAACAAUCCUCUAACAGCAGUUCCUUUGCAUAUACUUCCUGAAGAGAAUAUUUUUCCAUUAUGUAUCGCUACAACUUCCCUUCUAUGUUCAAUACCAUACUAACAGUCCAAUGGCCUAGCAGCCCACAGAGGUAAAAAGAAUGCUGUGGUUUUGCAUCGAUUAUUAGAAGCAUUUUAAAAUGAAGUUAAAAGAUGCUUCCAGUGUUUGCACUUGACUUCUUAACAGUGUAAGAAGUAGAAUUUAAAGUGUGACACUUCACACUUUAACUGUUUACAGAACUUUGGAUUACCUUGAACUCAAAGAUUGUUAGGCAUCUUGUUUCCACUACUGUAUGUUUUAUUGAAAUAAAAGAUUA